CUAGAAGUAGUCUGCGCAUGCGCAGGAGUUGUGUGGAGUGGUGAAGCCGAUCGUGCCGCGCGGGGUGGUCGUGCGCUCGAGUUGCGGCGUCGGCGUUCGGCGUCGCUCUCCCUUCCCCCGCCGUCUCGCCGCCGUCUCGCCGUCAUGUCGUACGCCUACCUCUUCAAGUACAUCAUCAUCGGGGACACGGGGGUGGGAAAGUCGUGCCUGUUGCUUCAGUUCACAGACAAAAGAUUUCAGCCGGUCCAUGACCUCACCAUCGGCGUUGAGUUUGGGGCCCGCAUGAUCGCCAUCGGCGGCAAGCAAGUCAAGCUGCAGAUCUGGGAUACGGCCGGGCAGGAGUCAUUCCGCUCCAUCACGCGCUCGUACUACCGCGGGGCGGCCGGGGCCCUGCUCGUCUAUGACAUCACCAGGAGAGACACGUUCAACCACCUAACAGCGUGGCUGGAGGACGCCCGGCAGCACUCCAACUCCAACAUGGUCAUCAUGCUCAUCGGCAACAAGAGUGACCUGGAGUCGCGCCGCGAGGUGAAGUGCGAGGAAGGGGAGGCGUUUGCGCGCGAGCACGGCCUCGUCUUCAUGGAGACAUCGGCCAAAACGGCAGCGAACGUUGAGGAGGCCUUCAUCAACACGGCGCGAGAAAUCUACGAGAAGAUCCAGGAAGGCGUGUUUGACGUCAACAAUGAGGCAAACGGGAUAAAGAUUGGGCCGCAGCAGCUGGGAGCUACACCCAGCGCAGGGCAGGGUCGGCCAGCUGGGUCGACGGGUGGCAGUGAUGGGUGCUGCUGACUGCCUGAAACAAACAAACACACACACCUCAUGGACAACACUGCCAAUUUACAGUCCUGCACACUGCCACACUACACUUGAAAGCCUGCACAAAACUGUUGGGGCAUGCGCUGCUAGCUAGCUACUAUGAAGGCUGACACUGAAGGGGUGAUUUAGCACGCACCACACCCUGGAAACCUUUGUCUCCCCAAUGCCAUUGUUUACACAACAUACCAGGUAUUCACUUGAGGCCGAGUCAACCUAGGGGAGGUCCAGGACCAGCUCAACUGAUUUGUAUUGAGAUGUAUACUACCAAGCCACAGCUGGUCAUGAGGUAAGGGAAAUCCUCUCCUCGUGAAACAACCACCCCAUUAACUCGGGGCAUGUUGAGGUGAUGAAAGGCCCAAGAUGAGUUCAGAUAUUUGCCACUGAUGAUACGGGUGAACGGGAAUCAAACUUGGGUGGCCGGGGUUCGUAGCACCAGUGUGCUAAACACUGCUACCACUCCCAACCCAGCAGCCACUACACAUACCUGUAUUAGUUACCCCUGGACACAAAUUCUGUCGUGAUCCAGGCAAGGAAGUAACACACAUUUUUCCGUGAACUUAAACCUCAAAUCAUUCCGUGGACUUUUGCUGGCCUACAACGUUGCCUGUUAUGUAAAAGAAAAAGCCAGUGUUUGUAUCCUGCUACUGGAACUCGAUUGCCUGUCACAAUUACUUCUGUGCCUGUUCACCACUAAACUGAAAUCCCUCAAAUACCACUGUGUAGGUUUUCAAGGUCAUGCUGUAUAGCUUCCCAACGUUUUCAGAUUGUACUGAGUGUUGUUCGGCAUUGGUAUGACAUUCUGUUCCACGUGCUGGGAGCUUCAGGGACAUAAGCAGCUCGCUUUCGCACCAUGAUGCAGCAUUGCCGGCGGCUGCUGGUGGUGGUGCCGAUUGAUGCCGUUUGGCUCAGCUCUCUGACAUAGGCCAGCUGAUGUUGCUUUUGCUUUAUCUGGGUAACCGGGUUUCCUCCCAGACGAAGUUCACCGUUCGUGCACAAGAGGGUAAACAACAUGAGGUACAAGCUGAAAACAAAUUGGAGAAUUAUAUACCUUCAAUGGAAAUCCCGAACAGGAAGGGGACCCCUGACACCCCCACUCACAACGUAGGCCAUGGAGAGCACAACCCACCCACAUGGUCACUACAUCUCAAUGUAUAUUUUACUCAGAAUAUAAUUUUAAUUGUACGAGGUUUUUUUUAUGAUGCACUGAUGUACCUUUUAUUAAUAACGUCUUACCAGCUCACUCCUUCGGGGUCACACAUGGAGGGUGGGUUGGACACGGUCUCAUAGCGAGUCCAGCGCUCGCCAGUCCGCAGGCAAUGCCCCCCCCCCCCCCGCAGCUGAUAACGGUUGCUUUUGUUUACGUGAAGGUAUAUUUGUUGACUCGUGUGUUUCUUGUUUGCCUUUUUGUCAAUGAGUAUUAAAGCGUUAAGUUACUCAC